ACAUUCCUUUGCUACCUCAUGGCGGUUGGGAUCGCUGGGGUCGCUUUCCGCCGGUGCUUUUUUUGGUCCUGUCUUGAAGGGCUUGGGGCUGUACUUGAUACAAGUCCCUGUGUGGAUGGAAGAGAGCCGGUCAGGCGACACACAGUAAUCUUGUUUGCGGAGAGGCCUGCCCUGCCUGAGGUUAAUAAGGCAAGAUGAGUGAGCCCUCAGGAGGUUUUACUUACACUGAAACAUCAAUAUUAUUUUUCCAUGCCAAGGUUCCUUUGGGUUCUAAGUCCAAGAUGGCCAAUCUCAAGGAUCAGCUGAUUGUGAAUCUCCUUAAGGAAGAACAGGUCCCCCAGAAUAAGAUUACAGUUGUCGGGGUUGGUGCUGUGGGCAUGGCCUGUGCCAUCAGUAUCUUAAUGAAGGACUUGGCAGAUGAACUUGCUCUUGUUGAUGUCAUGGAAGACAAAUUGAAGGGAGAGAUGAUGGAUCUCCAACACGGCAGUCUUUUCCUUAGAACACCAAAAAUUGUCUCUGGCAAAGACUAUAAUGUAACGGCAAACUCCAAGCUGGUUAUCAUCACAGCUGGGGCACGUCAGCAAGAGGGUGAAAGCCGUCUUAAUUUGGUCCAGCGUAAUGUGAACAUCUUUAAGUUCAUCAUUCCUAAUGUUGUAAAGUACAGCCCAAACUGCAAGUUGCUUGUUGUUUCCAAUCCAGUGGAUAUCUUGACCUAUGUGGCUUGGAAGAUAAGUGGCUUUCCCAAAAACCGUGUUAUUGGAAGUGGCUGCAAUCUGGAUUCAGCCCGGUUCCGUUACCUGAUGGGGGAAAGGCUGGGAGUUCACCCACUGAGCUGCCAUGGAUGGAUCCUUGGAGAGCAUGGAGACUCUAGUGUGCCUGUGUGGAGUGGAGUGAAUAUUGCUGGUGUCUCCCUGAAGAAUCUGCACCCCGAGUUGGGAACAGACGGGGAUAAGGAGCAUUGGAAAGAGGUUCACAAACAGGUGGUUGACAGUGCUUAUGAAGUGAUCAAGCUCAAAGGCUACACAUCCUGGGCCAUUGGACUGUCUGUGGCAGAUUUGGCAGAAAGUAUAAUGAAAAACCUUAGGAGAGUGCAUCCAAUUUCUACCAUGAUUAAGGGUCUCUAUGGAAUAAAAGACGACGUCUUCCUUAGCGUGCCUUGUAUCUUGGGGCAGAACGGCAUCUCAGAUGUUGUAAAGGUGACCCUGACUCCUGAGGAGGAGGCGCGUUUGAAGAAGAGUGCGGAUACCCUGUGGGCGAUCCAGAAGGAGCUGCAGUUCUAGUCUUCCUGUGUCACACCGCCUCGCUGUCUGGGCUACGAGGGGAUGUAGAUGGAGGCUGUGCGUGUUUUCCUUUUUUUAUCUGCUCUGUGGUUGAAGCAGUCGUAGCAUUAAGAUGGCCUGGGGAAAUCAUCAGUUUCCCAAAGUUAGAAAUAGAAAUGGUUCAGAAAGCCCCACAGUUGUAUCCUGAUGCUGGAUGGCACUUGUGUAGUCCUAACCUGGUUAGUAUAAAGUAGCCCCACCAUCUCAGACACCACGGCCAAUACCGCACAGGCUCCAGUCGCCCUUUGAACCAGAUGUGUGUUGCUCUGUUGUGUAACUUCACCAACCAAGCCUAAGUCUUUUUCCCAGUUGGUCACAGCCUGGGAUUCAGUGUAUAAAUCCAAUGCUGCAUGUCUACGCAUAACUGUUUUAAAGGAUUUUAUUUUGUGUAUUAUAUAUAUAUCAGUAGUGUACAUUGCCAUAUAAUGUAAAAAGGAAAGAUCUACCUGUGAACGGUGUAACCAAGUGUCAAACCAACUACAACACCAAAUAAACCUUGAACAGUGA